CAGACCCCGACAGCUGUGAGGAGAGGAAGAGCACAUGGCUCUGGCUAUUUUUAGAGUUCAUUCAGACCAGAACGUCUCUUUCCCUGAACGUGUUCCUUCUGGAUCUCUCCUCGGCCGAAAGUUCUGGAGAAGUUUGACAGCGGACGUGCGAGUUCAUAAGUACCCGAGACGAACGCAGAACAAAGGAUAUAAACAAAGAAAAGUGACCAGUGAUAAAGUGAAAGUCAACCUCAAUAACAACCAGGCCAACAUGGCUCUACUGUGUUACAACAGAGGCUGCGGGGCUCGAUUUGACGCUGACAAAAACUCAGAUGAUGCCUGUCAGUUUCACCCCGGAGUGCCAAUCUUCCACGAUGCCUUAAAGGGCUGGUCCUGCUGUAAAAAGAGGACGACAGAUUUCUCAGAGUUCUUGUCAAUCAAGGGUUGCACUCGCGGGCGUCAUAGUAAUGAGAAACCUCAGGAGCCUCUGCAGCCGGAGGUGACGUCUGAGAAGGGAGACGUGAAGCAGAACAGUGGAAAGGAGAUUAUCUACCAGGGACCCAAAUCUGCAGAAGCCCUGGAAAAAGAGAGACCCAGCUCAGAUGAGCCACAGACAAAGUUGCGGGUGAAGAUCUCUCCCUCUCUGACUCAGAUCAUGGAGAAGAUGGAGAUCACUGAGAGAGAGAAGAGAGAGAAGCUAGAAAGUCAAGUCAUCAUAGUUGGGGUUAAGUGCAAGAACCCAGGAUGCAAAACAAUUUACCAGGGUCCAGAGACGAAUGCAGAGAUCUGCACAUAUCAUCCCGGGGUCCCCGUCUUCCAUGAAGGAUACAAAUACUGGAACUGCUGCUGCAUAAGAACCACCGACUUCAACGCCUUCCUGGAUCAGAAGGGCUGCACAACAGGAAAGCACUGCUGGAUCCCCAAACAGGACAAGAAGAAGGUGGCUUGCAGGCAUGAUUGGCACCAGACGGGAAACCAGGUCGUGAUCACAAUCUACGCCAAGAACUCCAGUCCAGAGCAAUCCUACGUGGAGGCAAACCGCACAGUGUUAACAUGCCACAUUCAGUUUGAGGGUGACAAAGUGUUUCAUAAGGACAUCCACUUAUGGGGGGUGAUUGAUGUGAAGAGCAGUUUUGUGAACAUGGUGCCCUCUAAGGUUGAGGUGACCAUGCAGAAGGCUGAUGCUGUAGCCUGGGGGAAACUUGAGGACCCCAAACACAAACCUGAGCCAGAGGUCACCGACGAGAUAAACACAGAACAGGAAGAUGUAAAACCCGACUGGUACAUCUCAGAUGAUGACAUCAGUGAGUCUGACUUCGAAGACGAAGAGGAGAAAGAAGAGAGUGAGGAGAAAAAAGGAGAAAACCAGGCAGGUGAUGGACCACCUGAGCUAGAAGAGCCUGCUGCUGUCCCCCCAGAAAAAUGAACAUUCAUUCUGAGGUGUAAUGGUUGUUUUUCUGAGAUUAUGUUUUUGUUUAAAAUAUCACAUGGGCUUUAUAAAAAUGUGAGGUUAGCCUUUUUUUGUCUGCUAAAAUAUAUACUGUAUUUUCCGGACCAUAAGUCACACUUUUUUUCAUAGUUUGGCUGGUCCUGAGACUUAUAGUCAGGUGCGACUUAUUUAUCAAAAUUUAUUUGACAUGAACCGAGAGAGAUGAACCAAGAGA